AUGGACGCGGCGGUUGGUCUGCCGGACGCUUGGUCGCAGGUGCGCGCGCCGCUGAUCGUGCCGCUUCUGCAGCUGUCGGUGGCGGUGUGCCUGGGCAUGGCGGUGCUGCUGUUCCUGGAGCGGCUGUACAUGGGCGUGGUCAUCGUCGGCGUGAAGCUCCUCCGCCGCACCCCGGAGCGGCGGUACAAGUGCGACCCCAUCUCGGAGGACGACGACCCGGAGCUGGGCAGCGCCGCCUUCCCCGUGGUGCUCGUGCAGAUCCCCAUGUUCAACGAGCGCGAGGUGUAUCAUCUGUCGAUCGGCGCCGUAUGCGGGCUAACGUGGCCGUCGGAUCGGCUGGUGGUGCAGGUGCUUGACGACUCCACGGACCCAAUUAUCAAGGAGAUGGUUCGGUUGGAGUGCGAGCGGUGGGCGCACAAGGGGAUUAACAUCACGUACCAGACCCGCGAGGACCGCAAGGGGUACAAGGCGGGCGCGCUGAAGCAGGGCAUGAAGCACGGGUACGUGCGGGAGUGCGAGUACGUGGUCAUCUUCGACGCCGAUUUCCAGCCCAACCCCGACUACCUUCACCGCACCAUCCCCUACCUCCACCACAACCCGCAGAUCGCCCUCGUCCAAGCAAGAUGGAGGUUUGUGAACGCAGAUGAGUGCUUGAUGACAAGGAUGCAGGAGAUGUCCUUGGAUUACCACUUCAAAGUGGAGCAAGAAGUGAGCUCGUCUGUCUGCGCCUUCUUUGGCUUCAACGGGACCGCCGGGGUGUGGCGCAUUGCUGCAUUGAAUGAAGCGGGAGGCUGGAACGACCGGACCACCGUGGAGGACAUGGAUCUGGCUAUCCGGGCCAGCCUCAAAGGGUGGAAGUUUGUCUACCUCGGCGAUGUCCAGGUUAAGAGUGAACUCCCCAGCACUUUCAAAGCCUUCCGGUUUCAGCAGCACAGGUGGUCCUGUGGUCCGGCAAACCUGUUCAGGAAGAUGCUGAUGGAGAUUGUGACAAAUAAGAAAGUGACGAUCUGGAAGAAAUUUCAUGUCAUCUACAACUUCUUCUUGGUGCGCAAGAUUGUCGCGCACAUUGUGACUUUCACCUUCUACUGCAUUAUCAUCCCGACAACCAUCUUUGUCCCUGAGGUUCAUAUACCAAAAUGGGGUUGCGUCUACAUUCCCUCAAUCAUCACACUUCUCAAUUCUGUUGGAACCCCCAGGUCUUUCCACUUGCUUUUCUUCUGGAUCCUCUUCGAAAACGUCAUGUCUCUGCAUAGAACCAAGGCCACAUUGAUCGGCUUAUUAGAGGCGGGCAGGGUGAAUGAAUGGGUUGUCACGGAGAAGCUCGGCAACGUUCUGAAGAUGAAAUCGGCUAACAAAGCAUCAACCAAGAAAUCAUUCAUGAGGAUGUGGGAGAGGUUAAAUAUUCCUGAGCUUGGCGUGGGAGCAUUCCUCUUCUCCUGUGGGUGGUAUGAUGUCGCGUUUGGGAAGGACAAUUUCUUCAUAUACCUUUUCUUCCAAUCGAUGGCUUUCUUCGUUGUCGGUGUUGGCUAUGUUGGCACAAUCGUCCCUCAGUCAUAACCGAAAAGAUGUGGAGAAUAUAGCAACCGCCCUUGAUACGCAAUUCCUCGAGGAGAAUUCAGCAAAGCUAGCAGUGCAUAGCCAGUUUGAAGUAAAGAUCAAGCAGUCUUCUCUCAAUUUCUCUCUGCUUUUCUUUCUCUUUGGAGACUGAUAGUAU